CGAUUCGUAAGUAAUGCGCCACACCUACACCAAUAACAGCCUCUGCCACAUCGACUUAAGGAAUUCAUGAUGCCAAGCCAUGGCCUAGCAUAGAGGGCUUCAAUGACACAUUGGGUCAAGUGGUGGCUUGUUCUGCGACUAGUUCCCCACCACGGGGCUACACGAGAUGAGAUACACGAGUCCAGCCAGAAGCUCCACCUCGGCCUGCCUUGCGCAUCAAUGAGCUCUCGCCCUUCAUACCCAGCUAUGUGCAUCCGCUGCUCAAUUAGCUAUUUGUUUCCCCGCUUCGGUCUGUGCGCAAUGUUUCAGGUUUAGCAUCGCUCGUCUAUCGGUGCUCUCGACCUCCUUUUGCCGGUGGGAGCACCAAAUGUGUGCCUCGUAGAGGAAAAGGCAAGUGCUUGAGGUGUCUAAGCUUUGAGAAGCGGAACGAUGGCGCAAACAUAUAUCCUCGUUCUCGUGCGCUGAUCAUUGCUGCGACCAUCAUCUACAAUUCCUUUAAACGAUCCCACGAUCCUUUUCAGAGCUCCUCGAUCACAAUGUAUCUCACCAGCGUCCUGUCAGUACUGCUGGCAUCGGCUGCCACCAGCCAGGCUGCCUGCAGCCUUCCUUCUUCCUACAAGUGGACAUCGACUGGGCCUUUGGCCACUCCCAAGUCUGGCUGGGUGUCUGUCAAGGACUUCACCACUGUCGAGUACAACGGCAAGAAGCUUGUGUACGGC